CCUGUCCUAAAAACAUGCUUAGCGAAUUCUUAGCAAAUCUUUGAAGAGGAAGGUUCACACGACGAGAUUUCAGUUAUGGCUGCAUUUAACAAUGAAACUUGCUCGUCAGACCAUAUGUUCAAGACCCUAAAAUCAAUUGACUGGAAUAAUAACGCCACUGAAGAAUGCUCUAUCACUACCGAUUUCAAAGCUUCAAGGGAAAAUGAACAAGAAAAGUCGGCGACAGGCAAUUUGACGGCAAAAAGAAAUGCAAGUACGCAAAAGAAUGACCCUUUAGUAAAUAUUGUAUAUGAACGCAUGAGACAUGUUGGCAACGAGUUACUACACCAGGAAUUGAUAAAAAAGGCGAAUUUCAAGAGGGUUUACCAAAUUUCAGAUGAAAAUAAAAUGCUCCAAGAAUACAACAAGGAGUUAGAAAGGAAAUUACGAAAAGUGAAAGAAAGGAAUUUGCAGUUAGUGCUAAAUAAAAAGAUUCAUCAUUUUAAAUCUCAAGUUGUCUCAACAUCAACCAGAGAAACCAUCUCUUUCGAAACACACACUGAUCCGGUCUUAAGCCCGCCUAACAACAGCGAUUUUACAACACAUCCUGAAUACAUCGAGUUAUGCUACCCACCCAGAUUACAUCCUACCUUUAUGGCAAAUCUUAAUGAAGCACCUCCCUUGCCAAGUCCAAUCUUUGCCGAAUGUAUGAUUGGAUUAUUACCUGGAAUUCCGGUGGUAGCAAAACAAUCGAUAUCUAAUAGAAGAACUUCUAAACAUUCCAUGUAUGACUCUCAUGAGAUAUUUCUGAUGAAGCAAAAACUAAACCACGAGAUUAUGCUAACACCACCACCCUCUCCGGGUGCCAAUCUGUAUUUGGGCAAAGGAUAUGAAAGUUUGACAAAGCAGCUACAGCAGAUUAACGACCAUCAAUCUAGUCACAUUCAAGCCAGUCAAAGACGAGCUAUUCACAGCCAAACCAGUCAUAGACCACCCAAUCACAGUCAAGCGACUGACAGUAAAGCCAAUUACAGUGAAGCAUGUCAUAGUCAAGCCAGUUAUGGACAAGCAAGUUACAGUCAAGUCGAUUACUGUAAAGCAAGACAAAGUCAUGCCAAUCGCAAUCAAGCCAAUCACAGUCAAGCCAAUCACGGUCAAGCCAAUAAAGGAUUUAACUUUGCGAACACACCUCAUUUAUUUUUUCCUUCGCAUUUUCCAGGAAACAACUUGCGGUUUGACAUGAACUACGGUCACACGCUAAAUCCAGCAUUAAACCCUUUUCAAGAUCGACGCGACCAAGGAAAUGCAUUUUCAGAAAUAAUACGAGAUUUCAAACGGCAAGAAAGUCAUUGUAACAGCUUCACCGAAGAAAAUAUUUGGAGGCGGUUUAAGCCUUAUUAAAAUUACUAUCUAAAGACCGCAUGACUCGAAAGAUAAUCUCGAGACAUGUGCAAUAGCUAAUAGAGUUUUUAUAAGCUUUCACGUGACUGGACUUACUACGUGGGUUAACAUACCUCUUGAAUAAACAAACACGGAACAGGUGACGUGCUGGAUUUUUACUAUGUGUAACAAAAUCUUUUUAAAUUUUUGUAGAUUUUUUUAACAAGCUUUCUGUAUUGACAUUGUUUUUAUUUUACCUGGUUUAUUCGAUGCGAACUUUCUGGUACAAAAAGGUGUGACUCCUCCCGUUAUUGAGGACGGUAUUUGACGGUAUUGAUCAGUACUACAAGAAUCCUUUAUAAAAAGUUCUGUUUUCAUUCUGAAGCAAAUUUUCUAUCAAGUUAGAACAUACAAGAUGGCCAGCAGGUGAAGAAACUUGGGAAAUUUGAAUAAAAAUAAUAGCAGUCCUUGAAAAAUCUGUAAAUUCAGGUAGAAAUAUGUAAUGGAAAAACUGACCUUUAAUAAUGAGGAUAAUUAAAAAAGUAAUAAUUAAAAAUAUACGGGUUUUUUUAUAAGAAAAGGAGCCUCAAGAUCUUAAAAGAAAAUUAAAAAAAAUCUCCUGCCUCAGCGUGUUAAGAUUGUGAAACAAAGCUUUGGACAGUAAAGUAUAACGUGCCAAGAUGAGAACGAGGCUAAAACAGGGUGAAAAUGCUAUUUUCCCCGCAGAACAACUCAAAGGCAAGACUUGGUCUUCAAAUCGGUUAAUCUUACUGGUUGGAAAAACUGGAGAGCUUGCAUUUUAGGACGCUACGUGUAAUCAACUUUGCAGUUGUUUAUGAAGUAAUUUAAUUCAGAAUUACCG